CACACUCCCGCUACCCACCCUCUGCCCCACUGCACCCCGUACACACUCCCGCUGCCCACCCUCUGCCCCACUGCACCCCGUACACACUCCCACUACCCACCCUCUGCCCCGAUAUCACCCCCCACACUCAGACACACUACCCACCCUCUGCCCCGUUACACACCGUACACACUCCCACUACCCCCCUCUGCCCCACUACACCCCAUACACACACUCACAACCCCUCUAUGCCCCGCUCCAAUGCUGCACACUCUCCCUCUGUCCUGCUGCCCCUUUACACAGGUUCCCACUACCCUCCUCUGCCCUGAUACCCCCACACAUACCAUCCGCCCUGGUACCCUGUUACAUUCACCCAUUGCCCCAGCACCCCAAGCUGCACUGGGGAAGUGCAGCACCCCUCAGCAAUCCCGAGUUGUGCCCAGGGCCCCUGGCUACUUCUCUGCCCACAACCACUUCCUGACCCACUCCUUGCAGCUCAGACCCAGGUCAGUGGGGCAGACCUGCUCCCCCAUCCAGGCCUCUUCCCACCAGCCCUGUGCCCCCCUCCAACCUCCCUAGUUGCCUCAGUCCAUAUGCCCUUCAUAGUCUCUGUGUCCCACAGCCUCCCCAAUGCUCUCCCACCACCCAAUAGCUCCCCCCACCUCUGUGCCCCCUCCAGCUGCCCUACAUGCCCUCCAGCCUCUGUGUCCACAGCCCCCUCAUAUCCCCACAGUCCCUGUGUCUCCCACAAUCUCCCCAAUAGCCUCCAUACCCCACAGCCCUUGUACUCUCCCAGCACCCACAAUAGCCUCCUUCACAGCCCCACAAACUUCCCAAUCCCUAUACCCCUAACUCGAAUCCCUCUUUAAAGACUACACCCGGUCCUCAACCCCAAAUACCCAGAUAUCGCUGAGUUGCUGUUUGAUUCCCAAGGGGACAAGGAAGACUCGAGCAAUAUGGUUCUGCAGCAGGGUGACCUCUUAAGCCUGUUGCUUCUGCUCUCUGCUGCCCGCCCUGCUCCCUGCAUCACUGAGCUGGGAGUGGGUUGAUAUGCAGCCUGGUUCCUGCUCUAGGGUCCAGCGUGGUCCAGUUUGCUGAGAUGUCUGCAGACGCAGCCAAGUCCCACCCACUGGUACAGGCACUGGUUCACCUCACUGCAGGGGCAGCAGGCGGGGUGGCAUGUGUGGUGAGCGGGCAGCCCUUUGACACAAUCAAGGUGAAGAUGCAGACCUUCCCCACCAUGUACCGGGGUUUCUUUGACUGCUCAGUCCGGACGUACCAGCAGGAAGGGCUGCCCGGGCUGUACCAGGGCACCACCCCCGCCCUGCUUGCUAGCGUGGCAGAGAAUGCAGUGCUCUUCGCUUGCUAUGGCUUCUGCCAGCAGCUGGUGAGGCAGCUGUUUGGACUGAGCAGUGUGCUGGAGCUGAGUGACCUGCAGAGUGCGCUUGCCGGCUCGUUCUCCUCUGUCUUUUCCUCUAUGGUGCUGUGCCCUGCGGAGCUAGUGAAAUGCCGCAUGCAGGCCUUACAUGAGAUGAAGGUCACCAGGCGAACAGCACUAGCCCAUCACAGCUCUACCUGGGCUACUGUGAAAAAUAUCUUUCAAUCUGAGGGCCUGCUGGGAUUUUUCCAGGGCCUGACCAGUACUUGGCUACGGGAGGUGCCUGGCUACUUCUUCUUCUUUGGUGGCUAUGAAGUCAGUAGAAGCUUUUUCACCCAGGCUGGCCAAUGCAAGGAGGAUCUGGGUUCUCUUCCCCUAACAGUGAGCGGUGGGAUGGGGGGAGCCUGUUUCUGGCUGGCUGUCUAUCCCAUUGACUCAGUGAAGUCUCGGAUCCAGGUGCUUUCCAUGGCAGGGCGGCAAGAUGGCUUCCUGCUCUCCUUUCUUCACAUCUUGAGGACAGAAGGUUUCAUGGCUCUUUACUGUGGACUGGUGCCCACAGUGAUACGUGCUCUCCCCUCCAAUGGUGCCCUCUUCCUAGCCUAUGAAAUGACGAGGAAAAAGCUAACCGGCCUGCUUGAUAGGACACCCUGAGGUCAGAGGUCAAGGCCUGAUUUGGAAGGUGGCAUUAUAAAGCAACAUGAACUAAGUUUGGGACUUUUCUCUGCCUGCUGUGGCCAAAUCUUUCUGGAUGGUUCGCAGUGCCUUUGGACUUUUGACACCUCCCAGCCUGGGAAGGACAGAUGUCAGCAGGCACUCAGCAGGCUGGCAUUUAAGGAGUAAUAUUAUGUUCACAGGCAUUUCAAAGGGAUGGGGACAGGGUUCAACCCCUGGACAAUGCAAAACUGAAUCAUAUAGAUUUACUUCUCUAGUGGGUUCCCUGUGUGCCUCCUUUCUAACAGUCUACUCUUUAAUCUGCAUUUCUGAUCAAACCCAGGUGACCUGUGUUUGCUGAAAUGGAGCAGAGAAGUAAGCAUGCUCCAGUAGGCAAUGGUGUCUAAUAUGAUAUGUUUGUCUUUAUGUACAUAGAUAUAAUGAAAAUAAAAUGUUCCUAGAUUUUUGUAGCAAUAAAUUAAAAUCUCUAAUCUGGAGAGGGUUUUUCUGUUUUGAUGGGGGAGAGUGGUGGGAUUCUGGGACUAGAGAAUCAGGAGGAGGAAGAAUCUGAGCAAACUCAGUCUGGGACUUGUAGAACAUUGUAUAACAUUUGCUCUUUUCUCCUGUGACCUCAGUGAUGACAGUGGAAUGUUCAAAGAAGCUCCAGAGAGUAUACUCCCAUGCUGGAUUUCAUGAGAACCUGUAUGAAAUGCUUUACUGAAGUCCAGAUAUGUUCCCUUAGUACACUGAUGUAUGCAUGUCCAUCAGUAGACAGCACCUGCCUCC